GUAUCUGGAAGGCGAUUUAGUUGCAGUGCAAGUCGCGAGUAACGAUGUCUUGGGCAAGUAGGAUUAUUUCUGUGGUGCUGCUAUUCGACCUGACUUUGACGUUAGGACAAUUGACUUGUGAUUACAGUUUGUAUUCAAGGUUUCGUUGUACGAGAUUUGCACGAGGAGCAGUCGUAACACCAGCACAAUGCAGAGCAGCAGGUUGCUGCUAUGAUCUGUUCAGUACGGCUGCGCCCAGUACAAGAUGUUUCCUUGCGCGCGAAGAGGUAAACAUGCGUUUCAAACCUACGGUACACCCCAAUACUGGACAGCAGAACGGCCUUUUAACGCUCGGUGGUUUAUCAACUCGGGAUGGAAAUAUUGUGGUUCGCAAAUGUAACGUAGCGAACCGAAGGCCGUGUGGUAACUCUCGUACCACAAAGAGUCGAUGCGAAAGCUUCAGUUGUUGCUGGCACAACAGAACCGAGUCCUGUCAUCAUGCAUCACACUACAUUAUUCGUCAGAAAAAGGCAUGUGAAGCUGGUUUUACCAACCCUCCUGUGUGUUCGGAUAUUGAUGAAUGUGCUAGCAGCCCAUGUCAAAAUGGAGGAGUCUGUGUCAAUUUGAAGAAUAAAUUUCGCUGUGAUUGUCCCCCUAAUAUUCAAGGCACAACAUGUACUAAUGUUUGUGGACAACCACCUGUUAUAGCAAAUGCAAAUGUCCCGCCAGUUGCCACGUAUAAUGCUGGAAACACAUACACAUAUGCAUGUACUGGAACCUAUCAGCUAGUUGGCGCUUCUGUUGUUACAUGUAUGGUAUCAGGAAGUUGGUCUCCUUCCCCUCAAUGUGUAAAAGUAUGCAUGUCGCCACCAAAAGCACAGUCUGUUACUGCAAGUCCUGUUCUUACCUCUUACUCUGUUGGUCAUGUGGUGACAUACAGUUGCCCAACUGGGUCAACCCUUAUUGGUGCAAGCACAAAUCAUUGCUUAGGAACUGGACAGUGGCUAGGUCCCAGUCCUACUUGCGGAAUUUGUGCACCUCUGCCAUUUAUGGGAAAUCUUGUGUACACUCCGGUGCAAUCAUCCUAUGCGGUUGGUGAAACAAUCACAUACAACUGUGCCUCUGGUUACACUUUGGUUGGAAAUCCUCAAGCAAGUUGCCAAGCAACAAAUUCUUUCGCGCCAUCCACCCCACCAACAUGCAGCAACACAGUGUGUCCACAAGUACCAUCUGUCAGUGGUGCUAGCUUCACUCCCGAUGUCGCCACUACUCCUAAUGUUGCUGUUGGUAACACUGCCACAUACACUUGCAAUACAGGAUUCACUUUAACUGGUUCCGCCACAAUUACUUGCUCUACUGGUGGUGUUUGGGUUUUCCCACAAGGGCCAACAGUGUGUAACCCAGGUUGUACUGCCCCUCCACCUAUAACAGUUGGCACUGGAACAGUAACAACAGGCACGAAUUUCCCAAUUGGUAUCAAGGUAACGUAUGCUUGUACUUUCCCACCAACAUUGGUUGGGUCUGCAGAAAGCACAUGUUUAGCUUCAGGCUGGUCAAAUCCACCACCUACGUGUCAACAAGUAUGCCUGCGACCUACUCCAGCUGCAAAUAUCAUACUUACCCCGAAUUCCCCGACAUUUCAAAUCGGCGAACCAAUCACUUUUAGUUGCCCAUCAACACAUGUGUUCAACCCAGCUGGAACUUCUGUACUGACGUGUACUUCACCAUCUUAUAUGUUUUCCGUGCCUGUGACAAACAAUUGUCUCAUUAAGUGUGGAACACCACCUACUACCAAUACUGGAAUCAGUUCUGCAUUUACAACGCGACCUGUAGUGGGUGAAACGGUUGAAGGUACAGUUAUAACUUACAGUUGUCCAGGACCAAACGAUGCCCCCCUUGGUGCAACAGUUAACAAUUGUUUGAACACUGGUGCAUGGUCACUGCCAACUACGGCUAAUACUGCUACAUGUGUUGCAACUUGUUCAGAUCCACCUGCGUCAUCGGGUGCACCUACCACAAUCACCCCCAGCACUGGGCCUUACUUUACUUCAACCACAGUCCAAUACACCUGCCAAUCUGGUUCCUCACCAUCUACGGCUGGAAGCGAUUCACUAACAUGUAACAGUCCAAAUUGGAGUCCAAGUACAGGGCCAUUAUGCGCCACAAAUUGUGGGCCCCCACCUGCAAUCACAAGUAAUGGAGUGGCUGCCCCUGCGGGACCUUAUAUUAUUACCUUCUCAUUUCCUUAUGCCUGCGCUUCGGGUUAUUCACUUAGAAAUCCAGUUACGAAUACAUGUCAGCUUCAAGCUAUUGCUGGGGUAUGGUCUGUUUCAACUGCUCCAAUAUGCGUAGCAGACAACCGCAACUUGGAUUUGCUUUUCAUAAUGGAAGGAAACGACAAUGUAGAAACACAGACUUGUACAGAACUUGAAACUUCGUUUUCUGACACCAGACCCAUUGGGCCUUCGGGUGUUCUUACAUCAGCCAACUUCCCGAGAUUCUUUCAGCAACAAGCUUUUCUAACUCACUUUGAGAGUACGUGGAAUGCAGUAACUCAAACUAAAACACGAAUGGCAGUCCAAAUGCACAAUGGGGGAUGCCUAAACACUUUUGCUGCUGCUCCAAAUUCAGUGAGAUUAUUGAAAUCUAAUAUUGACUUGGCCACCUAUUGGAUGACUACAAAUCAAUACAGAUGUGGUACUGCGACUCCCCGCGACAACUUGGUGUGUGCCUAUGCCUAUCAUUUCACAACUACCAACGGUGACACUGCCAACCAGGAUGUUAUCAUUUUUGCACUUCCCGAUGUGUUAACCGCCACUGGUUAUGGUGCUUUAAGAAAUACCCAGCUCUUGGGUGUGGAUGCAACGAGGGCUAAUCUUCCUCCGAUAUACACAGUAUCUUUGCUGGAGACAUCUGAUCCCAAUUAUGCCGCGAAUGCAAACUAUGCAAGGGAAUUUGCCUGUGGUACUGGAAAUUCAUUAACUUCACAGUGCACAAGGUUUUUGGGAAGUAUAUAUGAAAUCGGUACAGCAGUUAAUGUAUUGGCAACAGCUUUCCCAGCAUAAGAAUAAACAGUACAAGAGAAAUAAAAUUCUAUUUUAAAAAUUUAACAUUUUAAAUGCUUGAUCCAUCGCUUCCCGAAACUAAGGUUCCAAAAUAAUAUGUCCGUACGUCCGCAACUGGUUUUUAGAACUUGUAUAUAAGUUUGACAAAGAAUGUACACUUUUAUUAUCCGCUAAUCCCAGCUAAUGGUGUCGUUUAUUCUUGUUUGCAUGUACUGUAUAAAGUCACUAGAAUAAACAUUAAUAUUGAAACCUA